AUGACUUACCCAAAUGUUGAAUCAGUUUCUUCUUCGAGCAAUCGACUUAUCAUUGAUGAGCUAGAUUACGACAUUCCCGUUAUAAAGAAUGACUUUGAUCGUAUGUUUCUUGCAUUAACAAAUGAGCAACGUAACAUUUUCCUUAACAUCAUGAGUGCUGUUAAAGAAAAUAAAGGAGGUGUUUUCUUCGUUUAUGGUUAUGGUGGAACGGGUAAAACUUUUCUCUGGAAGACAAUAUCUGCAGCAAUUAGAUCUGACGGAGAAGGCAGACUCGGUGGUCUGAACGACGGCGAAACGAUUAUUGAUAUUCCGGAUGAUAUUCUCAUUAAUGAUCCAGAUGAUCUUAUAGGUUCAUUAAUUAAGUUUGUAUAUCCUUCAAUUUUGGAGAAGUAUAGCAGUACAGAUUAUUUCCAAGAAAGAGCGAUACUUGCUCCAAAGAAUGAAGUUGUUCAGGAAAUAAACGACCGUUUGCUUAAGAAGUUUCCAGGAGAUGAGGUUGAAUAUUUAAGUUCAGAUAGCAUAUAGACAAGACCAGUGAUUGGUUGGAUUAGCGUAAAACGCGCAGAUAAGGACGUCAGUCGCGGUGCCGGACCACAAUCAUCGUCGGGACGAUUCGCCUCUGUUCAUCGUUAUUAA